AUGUCUCAAUCUCGUGAAGACUCUGUCUACCUCGCCAAGCUCGCUGAGCAGGCUGAGCGAUAUGAAGAGAUGGUCGAGAACAUGAAGCGCGUCGCUUCGUCAGACCAGGAGCUCACCGUCGAGGAGCGAAACCUCCUCUCUGUCGCCUAUAAGAACGUCAUCGGUGCCCGCCGUGCUUCGUGGCGUAUCGUUUCGUCGAUCGAGCAGAAGGAGGAGUCGAAAGGCAAUGAGGCUCAGGUCCAGAUGAUUAAGGGCUAUCGGGAGAAGAUCGAGAGCGAGCUCGCUAAGAUCUGUGAGGACAUCCUCGACGUGCUCGACAAGCACCUCAUCCCCUCUGCCGCCUCUGGUGAAUCCAAGGUCUUCUACCACAAGAUGAUGGGUGACUACCACCGCUACCUCGCUGAGUUCGCCACUGGCGAUAAGCGCAAGGACAGCGCCGACAAGUCUUUGGAGGCCUACAAGGCUGCAUCUGACGUUGCCGUCACUGAACUUCCCCCCACGCACCCCAUCCGCCUCGGUCUUGCCCUCAACUUCUCCGUCUUCUACUACGAAAUCCUCAACAGCCCCGACCGUGCUUGCCACCUUGCGAAGCAGGCCUUCGACGAUGCCAUCGCCGAGCUCGACACGCUCUCAGAAGAGAGCUACAAGGACUCCACCCUCAUCAUGCAACUCCUCCGCGAUAACCUUACACUAUGGACUUCGGAUAUGCAGGAUUCUGCCGACAAGCCUUCUGAGGGCAAGGAUGAAGCUGGUGAUGCCCCCGCUGACGAGUAAACGUUUCUUUAAUCCGCAUUUUCUCUUCGCGCUAUCCACGUUAAGAGGUGUCUUAUAUCAUUUUAAUCGCAUUGUCGCAUUCAUAGUACAACAUAACAACAAUCAAUCAUUUUGGUCAUAUCAGAAUAUAUUCACUGCUGAGAGGUU